CCCAGACUGUUCAACCCGGCCACCCUCCAGCUCGAACCCCCACAGCACACCAUGUCGGGGCCUCUCAUUGUUUCCAAGUUCGACCCCUCCAACACGCACUUGGCCCUGGCCGUGCAGGCGUUGGACACGCACCAGGUGAAAGUCCAGGCCUUGGUGGUCUCGCAGCACCUGUUGAACACGCUGUUUUCGCUCAGCAAGGGCCAGCACGUCUCCGCCUUGGAGUGGCUCUCGGCGUCCGAGCUAGCGGUGUGCCUCACCAACGGCUCGGUCCUAGUAUAUACGCCCGCCUCCAACAGUAUUGCCGGGGAGCUCCGCAGCCCCUCCAGCGCGGCCAUCACCGACCUCCACUACUCGCAGAUCACCGGCACGGCGUGGGCCGCCGACGCCGACGGCCGCUUCUACGAGUGGGACACGCGCUCGUGCACGCUCUUGCAGGCGUUUGCGCUCGCAGACAUGCUCGACGCCGCCGAGGCCGUGUCGAAGCUCUCCACCGUCAUGUACCAGGACGAGCCGCACUUGCUUGUGGGCACGCACAACGUGUACUUGGUGGACGUGCUUGCCAAGAGCAUUGCCAAGACCUUCCCUGCGCACGUGCAGCCCGUCCGGGCGAUCGUGCCCGUGCCGGGCGACGCCGACCUCUUCUUGACGGCCGCCGAGGGCGACCGCUUCAUCAACGUGUACUCCAUCUCGCGGCACUCCACGCGGGCCGUGUUGGUGGCGCCCGCGGCGGUGCAGCAGAUCGCGUUGGGCAGCCACGGCGCGCUCUCGUUGGUGGCGGCCAUCACCGAGACCGGCACGCUCGAGAUCUUCCGGAACCCGUUGUCCUUCGAGGCCCAGCCGCACGAGGCGUCCAAGAAGAGGCGGAAGCAGCUUGCGUCCAGCGUCCAGUCCAAGCACGCGGACGCGUCCAUCAAGUACUCGCGGCCCGAGGACGAGAUCCGCGGCCCGAACGACGAGCUCUUGCCGGUGCACGCGGUCUCCGCCACGGCCAGCGUGUUGCACACCUCGUGGUUGGAGAGCGGCGCCGUCUCGCGUUUCGACGCCAUUCCAUGGCACACGCACAGCGGCUUUGCCUUGGCUGGCGCGGCCGUGGUCCGCAAAGCCCGGCAGGAAACCAGGCCCACGGCGCAUGCCGAGGGCGGCCACGACGUGGCCGCGCCCAAGCUCUACCACGAGGCCGACACCGUGGUCACCGAGGGGAGCGCCUUCCAGAACGACCUCGUCCACAGCGACGACGACGACGACGAGACGUUGGCGGAAAGAUUGGAGAAGCUCUCCGGCGGCAGCCAGAGACGCUCUGCCUUGGGCAAGAAGAAGCUCCGCAAACACACCGCGGGCACGUUGACGGUGGUGUUGUCGCAGGCGUUGCGCAACAACGACCACUCGCUCUUGGAGACGGUGUUGGCCAACAGAGACCCCGCGGUGGUGCAGAACACCAUUUCCCGCUUGGACUCGUCCUUGGCCGUGCUCCUCUUGGACCGCUUGGCCGAGCGGAUCACGCGCCACCAGCAGCGCUUCGACCAGAUGAACUUCUGGCUCAAGUGGAUCAUCAUCGUGCACGGCGGCGUGUUGUCGUCCAUGCCCCACCUCCACAACAAAUUGGCCAGCUUGCACGCGGUGCUCACGAAGAAGGCCAGCACAUUGCCCCGCCUCUUGGAGUUGCAAGGCCGCUUGAACAUGAUCGAGCAGCAGAGCAGCUUGAAGAAGGAGAUCAUGAGAGGCUGUGCCACGCAGGACGACUACGACGACGCGGACACCGACGUGGAGUACGUGGAGGAGAUCGACGAUGCCGUGGAGGCGGGGCUCAUCGACUCCGACUCCGAGGACGGCGACAUGAUGGACGCCGUGGAUGACUAUGAGGACGACGACGACGACAACGACGACGACGACGUCCACGCCGCAGGCUUGCCUGAAAACGACGACGACGGCCUCAGUGACGUGGAGACGGCGGUGGUGAACAAUGAUGUCCACGAGGAAGACUGAGCGCGGCCGCAUUGAGCGCACGCUUGCGGAACGAGGCUAGCAUCGGGAAUCAGCCUCGGUCCCACAAUCGGCCCGCAUUCGAAACCACGCUCGGAAGCACGGUCCAGCCGGGCGCCGGAAAGGCCUGCGGUGGCGACCCGGCUCGACAGAGUUGACCGUGUAAUCUCGAAUCGGCUUCCAGCCAGAGAUGACCGCAUAGUCUGGAAUCGGCUUCCAGUCAAAAAUAUCCCCAACACACGGAGCCAGCUUCGUGCCCGCCAGCCCAGAAUCCGGAACCAGCUUCGCAUUGCAAAGCAUGGCGGGGUGCAGACACUACUUGGAGCCGGAAGCGCAUAGAAUCAUAUAAGAAUACGAGUCUGACAGCAAACUGACUCGUGCGCAGGAAAUACAAGAUCAUCUUACCAGGAAACAGCCCCCAACCGCACGUAGCCGAAAUCCAUCAUAAUCCCAG